CACCCCGUUUGUGUUUACGUAGCGAGUAGAUAUUUAGGUUUCUAGAAGGCAGGUCAUCGCAGGCCCCACCCAGCAGUGGAGAGAGUGAGUCCCAGAGGGGGUUGCCAGCGAGCUCCUCUUCCUUCUACUCCCCACGGUCCCCGAGUCGAGGGCCCCCAGGGGCGUAUGACGCCGGAGCCCUCUGACCACAACAAACCCCUACUCCACCCGUCUUGUUUGUCCCACCCUUGGUGACCCAGAGCCCCAGCCCAGGCCCCGCCCAAAGCACUCAUUUAACUGGUAUUGCGGAGCCACGAGGCUUAUGCUUACCGUAACUCGCUCAGGCCGCUGGGCGUAGCUGCGACUCGGCGGAGUCCCGGCGGCGCGUCCUUGUUCUGACCCGGCGCGCCAUGACCGUCGCGCGGCCGAGCGUGCCCGCAGCGCUGCCCCUCCUCGGGGAGCUGCCCCGGCUGCUGCUGCUGGUGCUGUUGUGCCUGCCGGCCGUGUGGGGUGACUGUGGCCUUCCCCCAGGUGUACCUAAUGCCCAGCCAGCUUUGGAAGGCCUUACAAGUUUUCCCGAGGGUACCGUAGUAACGUACAAAUGUGAAGAAAGCUUUAUGAAAAUUCCUGGCAAGAAGGACUCAGUGAUCUGCCUUAAGGGCAGUCAAUGGUCAGAUAUUGAAGAGUUCUGCAAUCGUAGCUGCGAGGUGCCAACCAGGCUAAAUUUUGCAUCCCUCAAACAGCCUUAUGUCACUCAGAAUUAUUUUCCAGUCGGUACUGUUGUGGAAUAUGAGUGCCGUCCAGGUUACAGAAGAGCACCUUCUCUAUCAACAAAACUAACUUGCCUUGAGGAUUUAAAAUGGUCCACAGCAGAUAAAUUUUGUAAAAAGAAAUCAUGCCCUAAUCCUGGAGAAAUACCAAAUGGUCAGAUCAGUGUACCAAAUGGCAUAUUAUUUGGCGAAACCAUCUUCUUCUCAUGUAAUACAGGGUACAAAUUACUUGGCCCGACUUCUAGUUUAUGUCUUACUUCAGGCAGCUCUGUCCAGUGGAGUGAACCGUUUCCAGAGUGCAGAGAAAUUUAUUGUCCAGCACCACCACAAAUUGACAAUGGAAUAAUUCAAGGGGAACGUGACAAUUAUGGAUAUAGACAGUCUAUAAUGUAUGCAUGUAAUAAAGGAUUCACCAUGAUUGGAGAGCACUCUAUUUAUUGUACUGUGAAUGACAAUGAAGGAGAAUGGAGUGGCCCACCACCUGAAUGCAGAGGAAAAUCUCCAACUUCCAAGGUCCCACCAACAGUUCAGAAACCUACCACAGUAAAUGUUCCAACUACAGAAGUCUCACCAACUUCUCAGAAAACCACCACACCAAAUGCUCAAGGUACAGAGACUCUAUCAGUUCUUCAAAAACACACCACAGAAAAUGUUUCAGCUACAAGAACCCCACCAACUCCUCAGAAACCCACCACAGUAAAUGUCGCAGCUACAGUAGUCACACCAACACCUCAGAAACCCACCACAAUAAAUGUUCCAGCUACAGGAGUCUCAUCAACACCUCAAAGACACACCACAGUAAAUGUUUCAGCUACAGGAACCCUACCAACUCUUCAGAAACCCACCAGAGCAAAUGAUUCAGCCACCAAAGCCCCAGCAGCAGCUCAGACAUCUUUCAUAUCAAAAACCCUAUCUACAAAGACCCCUCCUGCAACUCAGAAUCCCACGAUGACAAAUGCUUCUGCUACACAGGCCACACUGACAGCCCAAAGAUUCACCACAGCAAAAGUUGCAUUUACGCAGAGUCCUCCAGCAACAUGUAAGUCCACUAAUGUACAUUCCCCAGUGACUAAUGGUCUCAAGAGUACACAAAGAUUCCCUUCUGCUCAUAUUACAGCAACACGGAGUACACCUGUUUCCAGGACAACCAAGCAUUUUCGUGAAACAACCCCAAAUAAAGGAAGUGGAACCACUUCAGGUACUACCAGUCUUCUGUCUGGUUCUCGUCCUGUCACCCAGGCUGGUAUGCGGUGGUGUGAUCGUAGCUCACUGCAGUCUCGAACUCCUGGGCUCAAGCGAUCCUUCCACUUCAGCCUCCCAAGUAGCUGGUACUACAGGGCACACGUGUUUCACAUUGACAGGUUUGCUUGGGACGAUAGUAACCAUGGGCUUGCUGACUUAGCCAAAGAAGAGUUAAGAAGAAAAUACACACAAGGACAUAUACAUCAAGGUCAUCAUGAAAAUGAUGACACAUGAGGAGGUGUUAUGUUUGAAGACAGCAGAGAAGGAAAGGACUAGAGACAUUUAGUCAAUUAGCAGGCAAUGCCAAAGACCCAGUUGAGAUUUAAAAGGUGUAAAUAGGUUGGAGUUUAAUAAGAGGAACAAUGUAUAUUUUUUAAUGGGGGGAAGAAAAAGACAAAGAUACAGCAAUUUUCAGCUGCUAGAGCCCACAUAUGUAGAAAGAGCAGAUGAUUGAAUUCAUCCAGGGUUGGAGCAUAUGUAUGCUAGAGAGAAAUUGAGACAACGAAUACAACAAAUUUGCAAGAGUGAUUAUGAUGUACUACACCACCAAAACUGAGAAAGAAGAGUGUGCAAAAGGGACUAAUGGAUGGUGAGUAAAGUGCUGGAAUCAAUCUAAAGGUCUUAUUUAGAUUAAAAAAAUUCUGAGGUGGAAAGUGUUUUAAUAAAUGAACUGGAAGUUUAAGAGGUAGUAGAUGUAGGAUGUUUCAGAUCACAAGAGGUAAAGAGUCAAGAAAUUUAAGGUCAGAAUAUUCAAUGGAUUAUUAAGUGAAUGGUGAUAGCAUAAAGAUAUUUCUUUGUCUGUACACAACCUGUCAAAUCUUGCAUGUUCUGGCCCCAUCUCUCACUCAAGAUUUACCUUAAGCUGCCUCAUUCUUGCUCCAUAAGCUUUAGCCACAUCAGUCUAUUCUCAGUUAUUUCCCUCCUAAGCGCCUUCUCACAAGAUGCUAGUUUUAUUGUACAGGUUUCUAUCUUAGAGGCCCUUUAUGACCUGCCUCUCUUCCCCACAUCUUACCUGUCACAUCUUUUCUCUCUGUUUCUUAAUUUAUGCUGUAUCAAAAGCAAACUCUCGCACCUCACACACACUAUUUUCUAUUCAAUAUUUUCUAUUCAAUUAUAUAUCACUUCUUACUGUUAUAUAUUUUGCUUCAUAUAGAUAUUUGUGAUAUUUAUCCUAUUUUGUUGUUGACUGCGUAUGCUAGUUUUACAGCUGAAAUUAUUAAAGGAGCAGUGAAAUUCUUAUGGUGGUAAGAAUUAUCUCAUUAUUUUAUAAGCUAGCUUCAUGAGUUAUGAGUAGAUGUUUAACUGUUACUUUAUUUUUAUAUGAGAUGCUGAAUUGUGUUGUUGGUUUCCUGAUAAAUAUUUUUUAUUUUUCAGAUUAUCAUAUCUUCCUUUACAUUAAUUUAUCAGACUUAGCCUCUUCUUCUGCUGGUAGUAUUAAUCUCAAGGACAAAGUCAAAAGUAUUUAUAAGGAUUCAAACAGGUGCUCAUAGAGCUAUUGAGAAUUUUUUUUUUAUUUCUUCCCAGCAUUUAGAAAUAUUCUACUUUAAAAGGUAAGAUAAAUAAAAGAAGAGAUGAAAAAGGAGACAUUAAAACCAAUACCACAAAAAUUCAAAAGAUCAUUAGACGGUAUUAUGAGCAACUGUAUGCAAAUUAAUUGGAAAACCUGGAAGAAAUAGAUAAGUUCCUAGACAUAUAUACCUACUGAGAUUGAAUCAUGAAGAGAUAGACCACCUAAAUAGGCCAAUAACAAGUAAUAAGAUAGACACAGUAAUAAAAACUGUUCCAUCAAAGAAAAUCCCAGGACCUUAUGGCUUUCCUGCUAAACUCCACUAAACAUUUCAAGAAGAACUAAUAUCAAUCCUACUCAAACUAUUUCAAAAAAUUAUGGAGAAGAAAAUACAUCCAAAUUCAUUUUUUAAGGCCAGCAUUACCCAGAUAUCAAAAACAGACAAAGAUACACAACAAUGAAAAAACCAAAUGCCAGGAUCUCUGAUGAACAUAGAUGGGAAAACCAUCAAUAAAAUACUCGCAAACUGAAUUCAACAACACAUUAUAAAGAUUAUUCAUCAUAAUCAAGUGAGAUUCAUUCCAGAAAAGCAAGGAUGGUUCAAUAUAUGCAAAUCAGUAAAUGAAAUACAUCACAUCAACAGAAUGAAGGAAAAAAUGAUUUCAGUAGACACCAAAAAAGUAUUCAAUAAAAUUUAACAUUCUUUCAUGAUAAAAAAAAUAAAACUCUCAACAAAGUAGGUAUAGAAGGCAAAUACCUCAACACAAAAAAGGCUGUAUGUGACAAACCUGUAACUAGUAUUAUACUGAAUGGGGAAACACUGAAAACCUUUCCACUAAGGUGUGGAACAAGACAAAGAUUUCCACUUCUACCACUUUUAUUCAACAUUGUACUGUAAGUCUUAGAGCAAUUAGGCAAGAAAAAGAAAGAAAUGGCAUUUAAAUAGAAAGAAAGAAAUCGACUUAUUCUUGCUUGGAUAUUAUCUUAUAGUUAAAAAAGCCUAAAACCUUCACUAAAAAACUAUUUGAACUAAUAAACAAAUGCAGUAAAGUUACAGGAUACAAAAUCAAUUCACAAAAAUCAGUAGCAUUUCUAUAUGCCAACAGCAAACAAGCUAAAAAAAAAGAGAAAGCAAUUCUAUUUACCAUAGCUACAAAAAAACCAUAGAAAUCUACUUAAUCAAAGAAGUGAAAGAUCUUUACAAUGAAAACUAUAAAACUCUGAUUCAAGAAAUUGAAAAAGACAUAAACAUAUGGAAACAUAUUCCAUGUUCAUGCAUUAGAAGAAUCAUUAUUGUUAAAAUAUCCAUACUACCCAAAGCAAUCUACAGAUUCAGUGCCAUUCCUAUCAAAAUAUCAAUGAUAUUCUUCACAGAAAUAGGAAAUACAAUCCUACAAUUUAUAUGAAAUCACAAAAGGCCCAGAAUAGACAAAGCUAUCCUGAGCAGAAAGAACAAAGCUGGAGGCAUCCCAUUAGUUGGCUUCAAAUUAUAUUUCAGAGCUAUAGUAACCAAAACAGCAUAGUAUUGGCAUAAAAUCAGACAUGUAGACCAAUGGAACAGAAUAGAGAACCCAGAAAUAAAUCCAUGCAUUUACGGUCAAUUCAUUUUCAAAAAAAGGUGUGAAGAACAUACAUCAUGGAAAAGACAGUCUUUUCAGCAAAUGAUGCUAGAAAAACUGGAUAUCCAUAUGCAAAAGAAUGAAACUAGAUCCCUAUCUCUCCACAUAUACAAAAAUCAAAUCAAAAUAGAUUAAGACCUGAAGCCGUAAAACUACUAGAAGAAAGCAUUGAGGAAAUUAAUUGAGGCAAAGAUUUCUUGAGUAAGAGCUCAAAAGCACAGGCAAUGAAAGCAGAAGUGGACAAAUGGGAUCAUAUACAGCUUAAAAAACUACACAGCAAAGGAAACAAUCAACAAAAUGAAGAGAAAACCCACGGAAUGGGAGAAAAUAUUUGUAAACUAUUCCAGUGACAAAAGAUUAAUAGCCAGAAUAUAUAAGGAUCUCUAAUAACUCAAUAGCAAAAACCAAAUAACUGGAUUUAAAAAUGGGCAAGAGAUCUGAAUAGUCACUUCUCAAGGGAAGACAUAUAAAUGGUCAACAGAUAUCUGAAAAAUGCUGAACAUCACUAAUUAUCAUGGAAAUGCAAAUCAAAAUCACAAUGAGUUACCCCAGUUAAAAUGGCUUUCAUUGAAAAGACAAAAAACAAUGAAUGCUGGCGAGGAUGCAGAGAAAGGAAUGCUGAUACACUGUUGGCGAGAAUGUAAGUUUAGUACAGCCACUACGGAAAUCAGUAUGGGGGUUCAGCAUGGAAAAAAAUAAAAAACAGAACUACCAUAUGAUCCAGCAAUCCCACUGCUGGGUAUAUAUUCAAAAGAAAGAAAAUCAGUAUAUCAAAGAGAUAUCUGCACUCCUAUCUCUAUUGCAGCACUAUUCACAAUAGCCAGGAUAAAGAAUCAACAUAAGUGCCCAUCAACAGAUGAGUGGAUAAAGAAAAUGUGGCACACAUACACAAUAGAAUAUUAUUCAUCUAUAAAAAUGAAUGACGUCCUGUCACUUGCAACAACAUGGAUGGUAAUGGAGGUCAUUGUUAAAUAAACCAGGGGCAGGAAGAAAAAUAUUUCAUGUUGUUGCUCAUAUAUGGAAGCUAAAAAAGUGAUCUAGUGGAGAUAGAGAGUAGUCACCAGAGGCUGGGAAGGGUAUUGGAGAGGGAUGAUAAAGAGAGAUUGGUUCAUGGAUACAAAAAUACUGUUAGAUAGAAGGAAUAAGAUGUUGAGUUCAGUAGCACAAUAGUGAAAAUAUCGUAUAUUUUAAAAUAACUAGAGUGGAUUUGGAAUAUUCCCAACACAAAGAAAUGAUAAAUGUUUGAGGUGAUGGAUACACCAAUUACCCUGCUUUGAUAAUUAUACAUUGUGUUCUUGUAUCAAAACAUGACAUGUACGCUAUAAAUAUGUACAACUAUUAUGUAUCCAUAAAAAUUAAAACAUUUUUAAAAGGUAAGAAAUAGUUCUCAUUAAAAAUAUCACUGAGAUUAUUUUUCCAUUAUAAAUUAUGUUUCAAAGAACUCAACACAAUAAGAACAUUCAAAACUCAUUUGCAACUUCUGUGGAGGUUUUUUCUCUAACCCUCUCUCAUUUAUUUUAUCAUACUUUUCUAGCUUUAAAACAUAUUUCCUUUAGGUGUCCUGGGAUAAAAAAGACAGAGGUCAUAUACCCAUUUUGCUUUAUAUUUAAUAAAUCUAAAUAGAAUCAAUGCUAAUCAUUUCCUUUUACACCUAAUGCUUUUAUAUAUACAAAAUUAUUGGAUCAAGGCAAAGGGUUCUAUAAGGUAGGGAGUGAUUCCCUAAGUUGGGCUGUGUAUCAGUGUCACUUCUUCAGACAUACAGAUGCCUGGUAUAAAAGUUGGUCACAUGAAUUGGGUCAUUUUUAUCAUAUCCAACUAAAACAGUCAAUUGGCCAGGGGGAAAAAGCAUUCAGAACACAUAACAUUGAUCAAAGAAUGCAAUUCUAUGCAAGCCUGGUUGCUGAAACUGCCUUCUGUAACCUAAAAUUGGUUUUAUCUAAUUAGUGAAACAACCUGCUGUGACUCUAAGACUAGUUUUACCCAAGGCUGUCACUCACCAAUCAGAAGUUGCCAGCUCUCCCAAACUUUACUAGUGCCAAUAAACUUUCCUACAAAAUAAUAUGCAACAUUUCUUGUUUUUUUUUUUUAUAUAAAACCUCUAACCUCUUUGUUUUACAGACAUACCAUGGACCACCCAGUCUGUGUGUAUGCCCCAAAUUGUAAGUCUUGCUUCCCAAAUAAAACACUUUAAAUUUAGAGAUUCAUCUCUAGUUUUAUUUGACUUUGACACUAGUCAUAGAUCCAGAUCACCUGAGUUAGAUUUUCCAGCAGUGAAAAAUAAAAACCCAUGAUUUGUCACAGGUGACUCACAUAUAGCCAAGUAUGAGAGCCACUGUUUUAGACAUGAGUAUAUGCACAGAAUGAGUAGCUGUUUACAUGUAAUGAGUAUAUAAUGAAUAUCUGUUUAAAUGAGUAGAAUGUUUUAAUGUCUUCUGUUAAAGUCUGAAAUAUUCUGGUAGAUUCACCAGAGGUCUACCUACUCUAAUUUCUGGAUACAAGAUGCUGAAUUACAAUAAAUCAGUAUUUAUUAUGUCACUGUAAUUUAGUUUGAAAUCUAAUUGACUUUACAUUUUUACAUUUUGCCAAAUAUUGCCAAGUCUACUUUUAACAUUAAAUGCUCCUGGCUCAGUGAUAUGGAGAAAAAUAGCAUCUUAAAUCAUUCAGUAAAACCUAAUUAUAAUUUUAAUAAAUACAUUGUCACUUUUAUCAAAGUAGGUUAUUCACUAAAAUUUUAACCUUUAUUAGUUUGCUUAGAAUCUUAAUGAAAUAAUAAAUCAAAUGUAUUUUACAUCUUAAAAUUUUUAGUAUUUAAAAAAUCUUGGAAGCAAUUAAUAUAAGAAAUUUUUAUAUGUUGACACCAAUGCUUUAUAAUUAUUGGAUUUUAUUUUUCUUGGCAUGAUUAUAAUAAAAGAAGCUUAGUAGUAGUGAUCUUCAUUGUUGUAGUUGUGGAUUUGUUAAAACUACUUUCUGGUAGGUAAAAUAAAUCAGCCCAUUUUAGCUUUAGGAAAAUUCAAUGUAUAUGUAUGUGAAGGGUGUUUUAUAAGGAUAUAGGAGUCUCAGAGACCCCACUGACAGUACUAUAGCUGCCUUCAGAUGGGCAGUGGAGCCAGGCCCUGGAAGGCAGUCAGGGUCUUCUCUCCAUCUUUCUUCUUUUUUCUCUCUGGGUGCCUGCUUACAUUUUUGUUGUUUUUUUUGUUUGUUUUGUUUUGUUUUUUAUCUUUCUUUGGACUGUUCUGCUACAUUGUCUGUAUACAGCAGGAGACAUGAUAACCAAUUGUUUCCAGGUUUUGCAUUUCUAUUCAGGAGAUACAUCCAGACAGAAGCUAGAAUCUCUUAGACAUAGCCAAAUUCCAGGAAUUUAAUUCUUGGUACUGGUCAGUGAAGGGCCAAGCAACCCUGAAGUCAGUUUCAAUGGCUAGAGUCAUAAGGUCAUCAUGAAAAAAAAUUUCAGCCAGAAUCCAGUCUGGUAACCUUGUAGAUUGCCUAAGUCAGUUUCCAAGGAAGAAGAUUACUAGGCAGAAAGUUUAGUAGAUGUCCACUUGUAUUAGUCUGUUCUCACACUGCUAUAAAGAACUACCUGAGACUGCAUAAUUUAUGAAGAAAAGAAGUUUAAUUGACUCAUAGUUCUGCAGGCUUAACAGGAAGCAUGACUGGGAGGCCUCAGGAAGCUUACAAUCAUGGUGGAGGGUGAAGGGGAAGCAAGCACAUUCUCACACGAUGGAGCAUGAGAAAGAGAGCAGGAGCAACUGGGGAAGUGCCACACACUUUUAAAACCACCAGAUCUCAUGAGAACUCACGCUCUAUCAUGAGAACAGCAUGAGGGAAAUCCGCCCCAGUGAUCUAAACGUCUCCCACCAGGUCCCUCCUCCAACGUUGGGAAUUACAAUUCAACAUGAGAUUUGGGUGGGGACACAGCCAAAUUAUAUCACCACUUCCAAGCCUAACUGAACGCAUGUGGCUAAAGGGUACCUUAAUGUUUUGGAUAUACUUCAUUAUUUAAUGUACACAUUGAUGCUGGAUUAAUAUUUAGGGGUAGAACUUCAACAAUGUUAUUUUUGGAACUUUUAAUAAAUUGAAGAUUUCUCUACUUAAAUCUCUUGAACUAUCUAGAGAAUAAAUUUCAGAACUGUAUGCUUAUUUAAGAAUUACUAAAAUCUGGCUCUAGCCUUCCAAUCAAGUACUAUUUUGCACUCCUCCUUGAUUCUUCAGCCAAACUGGAGAACUUCUCCUUAAUCACAACCCACUCUCCAUGCUUUAGCUAUCUGUUUAGUUCACUCAAAGGGUCUUCCCACUCAUACACUAAUAUGCCCAAAUCUUAUACAUUUUUCACAGUUGAAAUGUCAGCCCCUGCAAUGACCAACUCCUCACACCAAAAGGUGGCAUUAUUCUAUCAUUAAACAGACAGUAACUUUCCUACUGCGUACCUUCAUGUCUGCACUAAGGAAACAGUACUGAAGAUGAUAUGCUCCUUUCUUCAAGAGGCAAGUGUUAGCCCUAUGAGUAUGGGUUCAAGAAAAGGGGCAGCACAUGCAAAGCCCUGGGGGUCAGAAGAAGCAAGCAUAGCAAGGUAACUCAAAAUGUAUGAACCAGGCUACAGAGUAGGUCAGAGAUGUAAGCAGAAACUAUCAAUACAUAAGUCAUUUUAGUUAGCCUCUACUUUGUCAUGAAGACAAUGGUAUAAUCAAUCAUAGAAGACUUUGAUGCAGGAAAGUAAAAUGUGCCCUUGCAAUGGUUUCCAAGCUAUCUACACAAACUACUCUAACAAUCAUGCAUAUUCUGCAAAUUAUAGCUUGAUCAUCACUUUAAAAUACUUAAUAUGAAAAAAUACUUAAUAUGCAUUAUCACAAUAACCAUAUUUAUCAUUGCAAGAAAAAGGAGAGCUGGUAGAUUAAAUGUGAUUUCAAGUGCUAUGACUUGUCAAUAGUUUAAAACAGUCUAAAUUUUGCAAAAAGAAUGUUUCAUUGACAGUGACCAUCAAGAAUAUAAGAUCUUCAUUGAAGGCUCUUGAUCAGGAAUUAUAUGGAGCAUUUUAAGCACAAAACUCUAUAUGAAAAGUCAUGUGGAACUUCCAAUUUCUAAUUCUACACAUAAGGAGACUGGAAGUUACCACUUUGGCCUAAUAACAAGUAAAACAUAUCUUAAUAAAUCUGAAAGAAUAUAAAUCAUAUAAUAUCUGCUCUCAGACUGCAGUGGAAUUAAACUGCCAGUCAGUAACAGAAAGAUAGCUAGAAAAUCCCAAAAGCCCGGGAGAUUAAACAACACACCUCUAAGUAACACAGCAAAGGACAAAAAAAAAAGAGCAAAAAAAAAAAAAAGACAUCACAAGGGAAAUUUUAAAAUAUUUUGAACUAAAUGAAAAUGAGAGCAUGACUUACCAAAAACAAGCCAAAGUCCUUACCAAAUGCUUUACCAGUGAAUAUAUACAGAUGGCAAAUAAACAUGUGAAAAGAUGCUCCACAUCAUAUGUCCUUAGGAAAAUGCAAAAUUACACAAGGAGUUGUCAUUGCACACCUAUGAGAAUGGCCGAAAUCCCAAACACUGAUAACACCAAAUGCUGAUGACAAUGUGGAGCGACAGAAACUCUCAUUUAUUGUUGGUGGGAAUGCAAAGUGGUCCAGCCACUUUGGAAUAUAGUUUGGCAGUCUCUUGCAAAACCAAACAAUCCAGCAAUUGUGUUCAUUGGUAUUUACCCAAAGGAGUGAAAACUUAUAUCCACACAAAAACUUGCACACAGAUGUUUAUAGCAGC